AUGACGCUAUCGAGUUCCGAGUCAAGUAUUUUUAGUGAAACAGACGACGAUAGUUACAAGGAAGAAGACUACACUUAUAAUAGAGACGAAAAUAUAAAGAACAUAAAAAUUUAUAAUAAAAUAAUAAUAAAAUUAUUUUUAAAAAAUCGAAAAUAUUAUGAACAAAUAAAAAGGAUUGCAUUAGGAUAUAUAAGUAAAAUAGAAGAUAUUGAAUUUUGUAAUGUACAAAACAAUGAACAGGACAGAAACGAGCAUAUAUAUAAUUUUUAUUUUGAUGCCCAUGAUGCUAUUGAAUAUGGAGAGAAUAAAUUAAUAUAUUACUUGCAAAACAGUUAUCACAAGUUUAUGGAUGUGAUAAACAAUUAUUCGAUUCCACUUUUUUUUCGGAUUAUCUUUCUUAGUUGUUACUUUGAAUUCUUGAAUAACGAAGAAAAUGAAAAAAAAAAUAAUGAUGACAAUAAAAAUAAUGAUGACAAUAAAAAUAAUGAUGACAAUAAAAAUAAUGGUGACAAUAAAAAUAAUGGUGACAAUAAAAAUAAUGGUGACAAUAAAAAUUAUGGUGACAAUAAAAAUUAUGAUGACAAUAAAAAUUAUGGUGACAAUAAAAAUUAUGAUGACAAUAAAAAUUAUGGUGACAAUAAAAAUUAUGAUGACAAUAAAAAUUAUGAUGACAAUAAAAAUUAUGAUAAUAAUGACAAUGAUAUUUGUAAUGACAACGAAAGAAAGCAAGGGGAGGAAGAAAAUAAUAAAGAUAAUAAUUAUUAUUUGGAUAGUAAUAUUUUACAUUUUCAUAAUGUUACUACAUCUCCUUCUAAUUGUCUUAAGGAAGAUUUUGAAUUAUUUAGAACAAACGAAAAUGAUAUGUAUGAAAAAGAAAAUGAACAUUUAUGGCAGGAUAAGAAUGAGGAAUAUAAUAAUAUACACAAUGAAAAAUAUAUUAAUGAUAAAAAUAGUAUAAAUAAUGAUGACACAAAAAAAAAAAAAAAAAAAACAUUAGACCAAGUAGGAAAAGGUAGGGUUAAAGAAAAUGAUAUGGAUUAUUUUUUUAAUAAUUUUAUAGAAUAUGAUUUUUGUAAAGACAACGAUGUUAUGGAGCAAAUCGAUUUAUAUAGUUCAUGUCUGAUUAAAGGUAUUUUAUUUUCUUAUAUGAAAUAUACGUUUUUAAAAAAAGAAGAAAUAAAAUUAAAAAUAAAUAAUUGUUUGAAAAUGAUUUUUGUUCGACAUAAUAUAAAGAUUAAAUGCCGACUAAUUAAUAUACCUUACCUGCAUGAUAUUCAUAUAAAUAAUAUACAAGAAAUUGAGAAUAAGCACAUUGGGAAAUUUAUAAGUACGGAGGGUAUUAUAACAAGAGUUGGGGAGAAGAAAAUAUUGGAAGAAAGUAAAAAAUACAGGUGUAUGAGAUGUGACUAUGUAAUUAAAAAGAACGCUGCUCCUGAGUUAUAUUAUAAUACGGAAACUUUUUUUCGAUGUCCUAAUAUUAUUGUAAAUACGAAAAAAAUGUCAUCUGACAUUUUGUAUGAUAUAAAUGAUAAAAUAACGAAAGAGUUUAUCACAAAAAAAAUGGAUAAGAAUAAAAAGAAAGAUGAUAGUGUCGAUCAUAAUUUUGAGGAUGAUAAUGAUAAUAACCAUUAUAACAAUCCUCUUUAUAGUAAUAGAACUAAUCAAAAUGAGAAAGGUAUAUAUGUUAAAAAAAGAUGCAACAGUACCAAUUUCGAAUUUAUUGAGAAUGAAAUUAAGAGGGUUGAUUAUCAAGAAAUAAAAAUAAAAGAAACGAGUAAGUCGAAUAUUCCGUAUUCAAUAACGGUUGUACUUUUAGAAAAUUUAGCUGGAAAAUAUCACCCAGGAAAAAAUGUUAUUAUCAAUGGUAUUGUUUUGAGAAGAUGGAAGAGGUUGUAUAAAGAUAUAAGAUGUGAUUCUGAAUUAUUUAUUGAGGCCAAUUAUAUAGAAAUAAAGGAAUUAGAGCAGAUUAAAAUAAAAGAAAUAUCCUUGGAUGAUGAUUUUUCUAAAUAUAUUAAUUCUAUCGUGAGCAAGGCGUGUUUACGUGACCAACAAAGUGUGUUUUGUGGGGAAGAGGAAUUUAUGGAAAAUGCAUCAUGUGGUGGAAAUGAUAAUUUGUGCGAGCAGAUGGAAUAUGACAUAUGUAGUAAUAAGAGGGGCAAUAUAAAUGUUGAUGAUAUAAAUGUUGAUAAUAUAAAUGGUGAUAAUAUAAAUGUUGAUAAUAUAAAUGGUGAUAAUAUAAAUGGUGAUAAUAUAAAUGGUGAUAAUAUAAAUGGUGAUAAUAUAAAUGGUGAUAAUAUAAAUGUUGAUAAUAUAAAUGGUAAUAAUAUAAAUGUUGGUGAUAAACAAAUUUGUGAUAGUAGGGGGGACGAUUCUCCCAUUUUGAAAGACAUAAAUACAGUUCCCCAAGAUAACCAAUGUUAUCCUAUAAACACAAGAUUAAUUCCCCAAAAUAAGAGGAGAAAAGAUGAACAUAUAAAUAGACAAGUCAAUCAUAUAAGUUUUACACAUUUAAAUAGUGUAGAUAAAAGAGAAAAUGUUUUUGAAAAAUAUUGGUUUUUCUUCGAAAAUAAUAAAAUAGAAGGGAAAAAAUAUAUUUGUGAAAGCAUAUGUCCAAAUUUGUAUAAUUGCAAAUUGUCUAAAUUAUCGAUAUUACUUGUUUUAAUAGGUGGGAACAAGAUAAAUAAUGAGUAUGAAUCUUUUUAUCACGAAAAUAAUAAGUGGAUUAAAUAUUUUAGUAAAAAUUAUAAGAAGAGUAAAAAGAAAAGUAGUAUAGGAAAUGUUGUAAGGGAUAAUUUAAAUGUGAAUGAAGAGAAUGAAAUGGUAGAGGAUUCUUAUGAGGAGGAUUCUUUAGAAGAAAUGGGUGAAAGAAUAAGAAAAAAAACAAGGAAAGGAAAUAAAAAUGAAGUAAAAAAAAAUGACAUAUACCAAAAAGAAAAUAAUAUAUACAAUUUAUAUAAAACAAACGAUAUAUCUAAUAUACAAUAUGAUGAAAUGGAAAAUACUAAAGAGAAGAGAAAAAGGAAACAAAGACAAAAACAAAAACAAAAACAAACCAAAUUUGAAUCAGAUAAUUGUGAUAAAAGGACCCUAUGUCAUUUAUUAUUAGUUGGAGAUCCAGGUACUGGUAAAUCGCAGUUAUUAAAAGAAGUACAAAAAUUAAGUAACAUAUGUGUGAAUGUGUCAGGAAUGUUUUGUACUACAGCCGGAUUAACAUGUGCAGCCAUUAAAGAAGGGAAUAGUUUUAUGUUAGAAAGUGGGGCAUUGGUAUUAGCUGAUAAUGGAGUUUGUUGUAUUGAUGAAUUUUGUUUAAUGAAAAAUGAAAACAAAAAUGCUAUACAUGAAGCAAUGGAACAAUUGAGUAUUUCAGUAGCAAAAGGAGGAAUAGUAGAUAAAUUAAAUUGUAGGUGUACCAUAAUUGGUGCUUCAAAUUUUGAGAUAAAUAAAGAGGUGAAAGGGAAUUUAUCUAACUAUGAUAGUAAGGUGAUUAUAAUUAACUUAUCAUAUGCUUUACUUAGUAGAUUUGAUUUGGUAGUUAUAGCUGAAGAUAAUAGUCAAAUAGAUUAUAAAAUAGCAGAUUAUAUUUUAUCUCAAGAUGUGGAAGUAAAAAAGGGUCUCGACAAUGAAUAUGUUAAUAAUAAUGAUAAUAUAAAAAAUAAUGUACUUGAUAAGAAUAAUAUGAAUAGUAAUAUGAACAAUUGUAAAAGUACUACGUGUAAUAAUUAUACGGAGAAUAACCAUUUGGAAAACUUACCCGGAAGUUAUAUAAACAAUGGACAUAAAAAGCAUAAUGAACCUAUUGGACAUGAUAGCAUCAUAUUGUCACCUUUUAAUUCAGAUAAUGGUAAUGGAGGUACAUUUGAAAAAAAACAAAAUAAAAUCAAUAAAAUCAAUAAAAUCAAUAAAAUAACAUGGCCAAGUGAAAAAUUAAAAGAAUAUAUUAAUUAUGUGAAGAAUGGUUUUUUCCCUAAUUUUGAUAAAAGUUCAAAAUUAAUUUUAAUUACAUACUAUUCAACAUUAAGAAAAUAUAACGAUGGUGAUAAUGGUACAACUGUACGAACCUUAGAAAGUUUAAUAAGAUUAAGUGAAGCACAUUCGAAAUUAAUAUUAAACAAAAAAGUAACAUCCGAUGAUGUAAUAAAUAUUAUAUUGUUAGUUGAAUUGAGUUUAAGAGGGUAUCAAAUAGCUAUUCGCACGAAUGCUAACAAUAUAUUAAUAGCAAGAACAGGUAUAUUGGAAAAUUCUGCAUAUUUAUUACAAACAUAUAACAGUAAUUAUAAUACAUUCUAUUGCUUAGAUGACGUUUUGUUUGAUGAUUCUUUAUAUAUUUACUUUAAAAAUAUUAUUCUGGAAAAAUUACAAUUACAAGAAAUUAAUGGGAAAAUUCAUAAAAUGCUUUGA